AUUUUGGCUCAUUUAGAAAGAAUAACAGAUGACCAUGAAUUUCGAAAGCAGGUCAAUACUUUAACCCAAAAAAAGAAUGAAUUACAAAUCCAAUUAGACCUAGCCACAAAAACUAAGGAAGAAUUGGCUGAGGAAUUACAAAAAGAAAAAGGUUGGUGGGGUAAGUGGAGUAUUGAUAAAAAAAAGGA